AUGAGGCCAUGCGGCGAUCGCGCGAUGUUAUGCAACAGCAUCGACAGUCAGGAGCGUCGCCAUUUUCGAGCUCAAGCUCAAACCAGUCAGCGAGUUGAGGAGCGUUCAAUCCCUCGCAAGGGUCAGGCAGCAGAGACAGCCGCGGGUCUCGCGGGUCCUCGGAGGGGCUGCGAACAUCAGGGAACAGCGGUGUACGUAGCCAACAUAGUCCCCGGAGGAUCCGCAGACAGAUCGGGUGUGAUUCGGGUCAACGAUGUGAUCGUGAAGGUCGAUGACGAGGACGUGCAAGGGCAGCCGCUCUCUACGCUGCGGAACUUGAUCCUCGGGAAGCAGGGCUCCUAUGUUGUUCUCGCCUUCCGGCGCAUGACCGGCAACGAGCUAUACUACUUCGACGCUGAGCUGCUGCGAGGGACGCCUGAGUACUUUGAAAGCCUGAAGAAGAGUCAGGUCAGGCAGCAGGAGGCAGAGAUUCAUCAGCUGAAGCAGGCCAACAACGUCAUCCGGUCCUCCGGUCAAGGCAGCGCCGUCCAGAGCGUGAACCUGCUAGAAAAGUUGAAGCACGAGCUUCUUAGCAAGUCUGAGGAGGCGACGCGACUGGAGGAGCAGCUCAAGUCUCAGCUGGGGGAUCAGCCGCACCUGGAGCUGGACUCCGACAUCGCCGAGCUCAAGAAGCAGAUCCAUACGGCUGAGGUGCCCCGGGGCGAGCGGGAGGUUGAGAUGAAGAGCGUGGAGGAGAAGAUCGAACAGGAGCAAGCCUCGUGGAAGCACGAGAAGAGCCGCAUGGAGAAGCAGCUCGCAGAGCUGAAGAGGAGCAGAGAAAAUCUGGUGGGCAGCAAGCAGAAAGAGAAGCUCGCCAACGAAGAGCAGAAGCACGAGUUCGAAGAGGAUAAAGCCAAGGCACGUGCAGGAUACGAGCUUGUGAAGAAAAUCAUCGCAGGCGUUGGAUAA